GUAGCUUGCCCACACUUGGAACUGCAACCGCUUUGACAUAGCAUAGGAAGGUAGUUGGUGAGGGGAGUGUUAUAUUAUAGAUGUCAGUAUGGACCUUCAUCACCCGCACUUGAUCGGUGAUUGCCUUAUUCAUAUUUUUACAUUCCUGGCCGAGGAAGAUUUAAUCAGUGCCUCCAGUGUGUGUAAGGAUUGGCAUGAAGCUGCAGAGACUCCCUGGUUAUGGAGGAGGAUGUGUCGGCAGCGCUGGAGUUUCUGUAACUUUACAGUGUUGGGGAGGGAAGACGUGAAUCGCUCGUGGAAGAGAUACUUACUGCGACGUUGCCACGUAGAGACGAAGAUGACGAAAGGCCGAUCUGGAGGUUAUACCUGCAAAAGUCUCAGAGGACACACAGGCAGGGUGGUAGGGUUGGUGUACCUGCAGCGGAAUUCAGCUCAGCUCCCUGACCUCUGCAACAGCAGUGUCACAGUGUGCAGCGCCUCUACUGAUGGGACAGUCCGAGUAUGGAACAUCCAAAAUGGUGAACUCCUGUGGUGCAGUCCUGCGCAGAGUCCCUUGACAGGGAUUGUAAGUGAUGAACAGCAUGAAGUUGUGGUCACAGCAGACUCCACUGGCCUCAUAAAGACCUGGCAGGGUCAGACUGGCCAGGAGGUGGCCUCCUUUUCUACUGCAUCUCCACACUGUACAUUACUACAGUACAAUGUCAGCAACAAUUGGUUCUUGACUGUUGGAACUAGUCAGGGAUCUGUGUGUACACUAGCUGAUUCAUCUUUGACUAAAAAGUCCAGUUUAAUGGUGUGUGACACAUUUAAAGUCAACAUACUCCUUGUUUCACCUGACAAGAAAUGGAUCACAGCUGGAACCAGAGACAAUGAUGACUUAAGUCCAAAGGUGGUUUAUACUGAGAGUUUGACCUCUCCGUCUGAGGGCGAAGAUCCUCUGUGCCAGUCUGUGCCUGUCACUGGGUGCCAGGCUGCUGUCUUCAUACCCACUCAGCCUGCCAGACUGGCCAUCAUCCACCACAACGAGCGCCCAAACAACAAAGCCCUCACUGUCUUCGAUGUCAGCAUUAAAAAGACCAAGUACAAGUCAGAGAUCCAGGUCCAGCAGGUGGAGACCUUCCCCUUGCCACUGAACACCUGGUCUUCACACAUCCUUCUAGAGGCCAAGGACAGCAACUGCUUAGUGUUGGCAGCUAACCAGGGGCUGUGGGUCUACUCCCUGAAAGGAGCCCUGCUUGCUAGCUUUAAAGAGCAUACGAUGCCUAUUUCUGCUAUAUGUGUGGAUAGCUUUCGCGUGGUGACAGCAUCUCAGGACCUCUCCUUACGAGUGUUGACAUGGAGAAAUGACAGAGACCAUGGGUUGACCCUUGAUAGCCAAUACCACUUACUGGGAGGCUCUCACACAAUGUCCAGAGGGUUCACUCAUGUCGCCUGUGACUACUCCAGCAUCGUGGCCUCAGCAGAAGGGAAAGAUGGGAAAGAUGUCUUGAAAGCUUAUUCUUUCACUUCCUGAGCACCACUGCUCCACAAAACGGUGCCUACAAGCAGUUUGCACAAGCCACUGGAAGGAGGAACAUUUGCUUUUAUUAUGAACUGUUAAUCAUACAUGCUAACAUUAGGAUGCUCUUUGAUAUGUCUAUGUUUACAGGAAACUGAAUGUAACACUAUGUUAUGGGAAAGGCAUUCAUACAUUGUGUGAACAACAUGCUUGUUAAGAAAAUAAAAGUCUGUACAUGAA